AUGGGAUUGCGAAGUCGCCUACGCCUCCAGCGAAAGGAGCGCGAACCUGAGCGGCCGAGGUUCCUGGAAAUCCGCUCCGCGAAAUGGUUCAUCAUGUUCACUGUAUCUUUUGCGGCUUCUACAGACAUAUUUUUAUACGGACUAAUCGUCCCCGUUACUCCGACGGCUUUACAGACCAGGGCAGGUCUUCGUGAAGAUCAAAUUCAAACAUGGACGUCGAUCCUCCUUGCUCUGUAUUCUGCAGCUUUGUUGGCUUUUUCUCCCAUCAUUGGGUACAUCGCAGAUCGAGCCGAGUCACGAUGGUGGCCUCUCUUGCUUGGUCUUGUCGCGCUCGGGGCUGCGACGGCUCUUCUCUGCAUCGGGACUAGCAUCGGACUAUGGGUCGCUGGCCGGCUCUUCCAAGGAGCUGCCGCGGCGGUGGUAUGGACGGUAGGUAUAGCACUGCUGGUGGACACGGUCGGCAAGGAAGGCCUCGGCCAGGCUAUCGGCUAUGUGUCGAUGUCUCUCAGCAUAGGGACCAUGGCGGGCCCUCUGCUUGGGGGCGUGCUGUACCAACAUGGUGGUUAUUAUGCGGUCUUUGGCCUUGCAUUUGGGCUGAUAGGGGUGGACAUCUUUCUCCGGCUGGUGCUCAUCGAGAAACGACAUGCUGCUCGCUGGCUUGCGCCUGAGAUGCGGCCCUUGGCCAUGUCUCAUCCUUCGGAAAAAAGGCCUCUUGGCAACGAACGUCCAAAUCACGAUGCCGUAACUCGGCCGUCACAGAAACCCAAGCCUCGAAAUCCCUUUCACCAAGUCGUGACGCUGUUGAGCUCGUAUCGCCUGAUCGCCUCGCUCUGGGGAUAUUUCGUUAUCGCCAUAGUGCUGACAUCGUUCGAUAGCGUGCUCCCCUUGUUCGUUCAAGAGACCUUCGGAUGGCAGCAGACGGGUCAGGGUCUCAUCUUCAUACCAUUGAUGGUUCCCCAUUUCCUCGAUCCCAUCACCGGUGUCAUCAUUGACCGUCUGCCAAAGUCCCCUCGCUAUAUCGUAGCAGGGGGCUUUUUGUGCUCAGUUCCAAUCGCCGUCCUGUUACGGCUCGUCCAGAACAACUCUAUGCAUGACAAGAUUGUCCUCUGCGCAUUGCUGGCCUUACUUGGCCUGUGUGUUGCGGCAACCAUGACGCCCGUCGUGACAGAGGUGUUCCAUGCCGUUAAGGAAAAAGAGGACCAGUCUCCGGACAGCUUUGGGCGUGGAGGAGCCAUGGCUCUAGCAUUUGGCUUGUCAAAUAUGGGGUUUGCCGCUGGUAGUUUGAUCGGGCCGUUUUUUGCUGGGUUUAUCAAGCAGGAUGCUGGUUGGGGCACCAUGGGCUGGUCGAUGGGCAUCAUUACUGGAGUAUCUGCUAUUCCUGCGCUGCUGCUGAUUGGUGGGUGGAUUUUGAAGAAGCCGAAUCCGACUAUUGACGACCAGCCGCUCGGAGAAUGA